UUACUGUCAUAAUGAUCUGUAUGGCACUGCUUAGUGUCAUCUGUGUCGGUUCUCUCCUAUACAGGCGUCAUAGAAUAGCAAAAUGUACAGUUAAAGAAGAGUUUCCAGAUAGUACUUAUCACUCAGCUAAACAAGACUCACAAAUGUCCGAAACAUCAAGGAUUGCAUUAACAAAUACUGUGAAGGAUAACUAUUUCGUAUCAGAAAAAGGAGAUAAUUUCGACAGUGAUUUAUCAGCAAACAUAAAUUCUGCAUUAAAUGGUGGUGAAAGAAAAAUGUCAGGAAAUAUUCUUACAUCGGAAUAUAUGGAUAUCGUUUAUGAAACAUCUGAAGUAAAUUGUAGAAAAAUUCCCGAUAAUGACCUUAAAUGUGACUAUGUCUACAAUACUCUACAUGACACCAUGGUCGCUACAAGUGAUGUUGCAAAUACUAGUAAUUACAGUCAUCUUAAUUAGUGACUUUAAUAAAGUGUAUAGUCACUUAAACGUUGAUAGAUGAAUUUGGUGGUGUGUAUAAUAGGAUAACUUUACUUACAAACGUGUUAAAAACUUGAAUAGAUGGCGUAGAACAUUUACUAGAAU